CUAAAUAUAAAAGAGCCAGACUUGGAUAUACUCGGUCUUAAAUCUUUUCUUACCCCACUUACACGUCACACAGCCUCACUCACAACACCGUAAUGCCUGCUGACUAUAAUGGAAGAUGGGAGAUGGUGCGCAAUGAGAACUUUGAAGAAUUUAUGAAGGCUUUGGACAUAGACUUUGCCACACGCAAGAUUGCAGCACACCUCACACAAACAAAGGUUAUUGUGCAAAAUGGGGAUAAAUUUGAGACCAAAACUCUGAGCACAUUCAGAAAUUAUGAGGUGAACUUUGUUGUUGGAGAGGAGUUUGAGGAGCACACUAAGGGCCUGGACAACAGAGUGGUCAAGACACUUGUCACCUGGGACGGGGAUAAACUUGUGUGUGUGCAAAAAGGGGAGAAAGAGAAUCGGGGCUGGACGCACUGGAUCGAAGGAGACCUGCUGCAUCUGGAGAUCACCUGCCAGGACAAAGUCUGCCAUCAGGUCUUUAAGAAGAAGCAGUAGCUCUCCCGCGUGUCACCUAUAACACGCAUGUGUGCAUUUAAAGUUGUACAUAUGUACUUUGCAAUGUGAUUCUAAUAAACAGUUUUUACAGUGUUUUAA